UUGUCUCUCUUAUCCCUGCAGGUUCUCCAGCUACCGAGCAGACUCGGAGACAUCGACUCAAGAUGAACAUGUUUGACCGCAGUAUCAACUUUGACGCGCUGUUUAAGUUUUCACAGAUCUCGCGGUCCACCCAGCAGCACCUGAAGAAUGUGUACUCCAGCCUGGCCGUGUGCAUGUUCGUGGCGGGGGCCGGCGCCUACGUCCACGUCGUCACCCGGCUCUUCCAGGGCGGAGUCCUGUCCCUCCUGGGCUCCCUGGGAAUGAUGGCCUGGCUGGCGAUGACCCCUCACUGCCCAGAGACGGAGAAGAAGAGGCUGGGCAUCCUGGCGGGCUUUGCAUUCUUCACAGGUGUCGGGCUAGGCCCUGUCAUGGACUUUGUCAUCGCCAUCAACCCCAGCAUCAUUGUGACCGCGUUCCUGGGCACCUCCAUCAUCUUCGCGUGCUUCACCAUGAGCGCCCUGUACGCUCAGCGCCGGAGCUACCUCUUCCUGGGGGGCACACUGAUGUCCGGUCUGUCCCUCCUGUUCCUGCUCUCUUUGUUCAACAUGUUCUUUGGCUCAGUGAUGCUCUUCAAGGCUCACAUGUACAUCGGGCUGAUGCUGAUGUGUGGCUUUGUGCUUUUCGACACCCAGCUCAUCAUUGAAAAGGCAGAGAUGGGUGACAAGGACUACAUUUGGCACUGCGUGGACCUCUUCCUGGACUUCGUGACCAUCUUCAGAAAGCUCAUGGUGAUCCUGGCCAUGAACGAGAAGGAGAAGAAGAAGGAGAAGAAGUAGAUGGAAAUGAAGCGAAAUCUGUGAACAUUCUCUCAAAUUAAAAUCUGUGACAAGGAAUAGUAUCUGAAACGCUUUUGGUGCUUUCGUCCCCGCCUCUUAAUUAUAGUCUUUCUUUAACAUAGUGUCUUAUUCAUUUCCCAUGCGAGUUUGGCUUCACAGUUAAGGAGAAUCUUAAGGGAUUGCAUGGCAGUGUUAAUGUCAAAGCUGCAGUGAUCAGACCUGACCAGCAGGUGGAGCAGCUGGUAACGUUAUACUGAGGAGGACUUCCCAGCUUUCCAGUGCAAUUGCUGCUGAACAAAACUGCUGUCACAUGUCUUUAACAUAAAUCUUUUGGGGAAGAGGGUCUGAGUGCAUUAGUGGGUUCUUUGGAAAUCUUUUGGGUGGUUUGUAACUCAAGCCGUUCUUUCCUCCUCUUGCAUAAUUUAUCUCAGUUCCUCUGUCUUCCCUGCUCACUACUUAAAAGCGAAGCCAUCCUUCCUUGCUCCUACAUUUCUGCCUGUGUGUCAGUGAGAGUAAUAGCUUUUAUUUUUGUUUGUGCGUCUUAAUUCGAUCGCUCCUGAUUUGAAAUGCAGAUCUGUAAAAUUGAAAGAGCCUUGCGUAAUGUCUCUUGUAGGAGUGCUAUAGGAGAUGUUUCUAUGAUAUUUUUCAGCUGAGUUUGGUGUUUUCAGAAUGAUGGCUUAAUUUGAUUGUGAACAAUGUGCAUUUAUUCAUGCAAAACUCUGAUUCCUGGCACUGAGAGGAGAACAUUGGGCUUUAGUUGCUCAAAUUUCCUAACUAGCCUUAGACUGCCUCCCUUUAAUCAGCCCGAUGAUGUCCAGGCUUCUUAAGUUUGUCAUCCUGAGAAGGCAUGUUCAUUAUUUGUUAAGCAGAUGCCUGGUAUCCAGUGGGACUUGCAUAUUCCCAGUGGAGUUCAGGAGUAUCCAGGAAGCACAAAGCACAUUUGGCUCAGUGUAGUGGUGGCCAUAUUUUGUCUCUGCGGAUCAUUUUGGAAUGGUCUGGAUAGGGAAUGAAGAUGUGGUUAAUGAUGAUUUUAUUUUUCAAAACACCUCUGAGCUGCAGAACAGUGUCAACAUGGAAUAGAGCUGCCUGUACUAAGGUAGCUGCCAGGCUGGCUCUGCUUUUCCCUCUGACAUUUGGGGAGAAAUUCCUUUCCUUUGGUUAAAGUAGCAGAUACUCUUGUUACAGCCCCUCCCCCCCUUGUAGACUCCAGCCGUUAAUAUCAAAGCAUCGCCUGGAACAGGAUUUGCACUAACAGCUGGAUCCUGUGUCCACGAGGGUCUUAUUUCCUUUGUCAGAAAAUCCAGUCCAGUCUGAUCAACUUCCUUCUCCUCCUCUGCAGCUUUGUAUCGUGUAAGAAGUCUUAAAUUUGCUUUAGUUUUAGCACUUUACAUUUUGUGGUCUGAAAGCUGCAGACAGCUGGGCGAGGUCAACUAACAAAGCUACUGUGUCAGCUCACGCUGCUUCCCAGAGCAUUCCUGACGGGGGGACUUCUUCUCCGAGACUGAGGAAAUGUCUGGCACAGUCUCUCUGCUGACUGACUGUGUGCCUGUCCAGAGUAGAGAGGUGAUGGGAGAUGAGAGCGAUAGGACCGUAAAGCUAAGGAGUGUUGGAAUACUCUGUAUUGAGGUAGCACUAGCGGAAGGGGGUCCCAUUUCUGAACCCUCCACAAGCCAAGUGACUUCCUUGACCGCUGUCGUGUAGCCGCAUGUGAAGCGUGAAGCGCUUGCAGCUUCUUUUAUUCCAGACUAGGUACGAGUGGCAGCGAGAAGGCUGCCGCCGCUGUGAGGCGGUUUGAGAACGGCAGUAGUCCCUCUGGGAGCUCUCUCACCUGGCAAAGUGUCGCGUGCUCCUGGCGCCAGACACGGCCUCCGCCAGUUCGGGACCUGUUCUGCAGCCUAAGUGAUGGAGCCCUGAAGACGUUUGAGAACUGGGUACCGCGCCCCUGCUUUCUGAGGGCGACCGAUAGAUUCAAGGUGUAACGGGCCCUUUAGUUGAUCAUUUAUUUAAGGGGAACCGCAGCGGCAUAGAAGCCAAACCCCCUUUAUUUCCUUCUGCUUGGGAAGAAUCUCGUCUCCUUGAAAGUGCCAAUUACACUAGCAGUUUACCAGACUGUCGGCAAAGAUGGCUUUUUUUAUAUAAAAAAAUGACAUUAUGCUUUUAUAGGUGAAAAUCUGUUAUAAAAAAUGGGGAAAAAAGCAUAUCUCAAUACUGUGAAGAGCAAGCAUUUUCAAGCAUUUUUGUUUUCAAUAAUUGGGGGUUAUAAAUUUUGCUCAGUAAAUGUAAGAUUUGUUAAAAUAAACGGAUUAAAUUAA